AUGCCUCGCUCCCCGGACCCGAACCAAGGAACGAACUACGCGAUCGCCAUGUCGCCGGCAGCCAACAACACCAACGAGCCGCUCCUGACCGUCGAGGGGCGAGCCAUUGGAGCGCGGUGGAUUGUCUACACGUCGGCUGCCGUCGCCAUGCUGGAGGCUUUCCACUACGGUUGGUCCAGCCACCAGAUCAACCUCCACAAGUUCAACAACACCGAGGACUGCGACGCUCGCCCCGUUGAGGAAGGCACGUGCAUCGUGUUCCCGGGGCACACCAAGACGACGUGGACGUUGCUCUCGAACGCAUGGAUCGUUGGUGGUAUGCUCGGCAGCUUUCUGUCCGGUAUCCCGUCCAACAAGUACGGGCGUCGCAUGACCCUGCGUCUUAACACGAUCAUCAUGGUCGUGGCUUCGGUGAUCCAACUUGUGGCGCCCACCGCCUUUUGGUUCGGCUUUGGUCGAUUCAUCGCUGGAAUCGCCAACGGUAUCGCCAUGGCCGUGGUCAACACGUUCCAGAGUGAGAUCUCGACGCCGCACAACCGCCACGCGCUGGGCACCAACACGCACUUGGCUGCAACGCUCGGCAUCUUAGGUGUCGCCACGACGUUCUGGUACUGGAACACGACGUCGGGUUUCCGCUGGAUCGCCGGAAUCCCGAUCGUCCUCGCUGCCGGGUACCUCGUGUGCUCGUACUUCUUCAUGGUCGAGAGUCCCGUGUGGCUGGUCAGUAAGGGCCGCGAGCAAGAGGCCGAGAGGGAGAUCGCUCGCCUGUACGGCAAGGAGCAUGUCGAGGCCAUGGUGAGCUGGAUCCAGGCCCGCGACACCCGCAACAAGCUGCCGUCGACUGUCAGUGGGGAGUUCGUGGAGGUGGAGGCCGAGAGUCCGUGGACCAUCUUGACCAAGCCCAAGUUCCGCAAGCAGCUCGUCGUGGCUCUUGGCUUGACCUGCAUCAACCAGCUCGUGGGCAUCAACGCUGUCUUCUGGUACUCGUCUUCUAUCCUGACCGCUGCCUUCCUGCCCAAGCGUGCGAUGCUUCUGUGGGGUAUUGCACUCAUGGCGGUGUGCUGCAUUGGCAUGACGUUCUCCAUGGUCUACAGCGUCGGCUGGCUGUCCGUCACUAUGCUGGGCAUCUACGUCGUUGGCUACGACGUGAGCAUCGGUCCGCUGCUCUGGCCCAUGAUCGCCGAGUUCUUCCCCGACUCGGCCCGUGGCGCUGCUGUGGGCAUCUGCGUCUUCUUGAAGUGGACGUGCGCGCUCAUCAUCGGCAUCGCAUUCCCGUACGUCCAGGAUGCCAUCACCGACUACAGUUUCACGCCUUUCCUGGGCACGACGAUCCUCUCCAUCAUCUUCAUCUACUUCAUGGUGCCGGAGACGUCCGACAUGACCAUCGCUGAGAUCCAGGACGGAUUCCGUGGCGACCAGAACCUGUACUCAGUCAAGAGCCAGCAGUAA